AAUGUUAUUAAUAGAUAAAUAUUUUUCAUUCACAACUCUGCUUCAUUCAAGUUCUGCUAUUGAAAGAAGCAUUAUAUCACCAAAUGGCUGGUGAUUGUAAAUCGUUUCAUUUGUCCCCUUUGUGAUAAUGAGCUAACUGUCGGCUAUUUACUUUGUAUAAAUACAACAAUAACAACGUUUACUUUUCGUGCUUUGUUAAAAAAAAAACGUCCCAUCAAUAAAAUCGACCAUUGUCUGUGUGUAUAGAUACAACGUAUGGUUGCUAUACAAUACAAUAAUGUUUUCUAAAUGGCAAAUCAAUUAAAAAGAAAUUAAAAUUGUUGAUAAGAAGUGUCGAAAUUUAAUUCAAUUAAUGAUUCGGUUAUUCGGUUGUUACGUCGACCGAUUUAACACAAAUAAUAAAAAAUAUCUCUGAUUUCAAUGGCUGAUUACAUUGAUAACAGUGUGGGCAAUGACGAUGGCAGCAGUUACAUUCAAUAUUCUGGAAAUGAAGACCAAGAUAUUCCACUUAUUAAAGAUUACAUUAUUGAAACGUCUCAGCCGCCGUGUAAAUACAACAAUAAUGGUGACACUAACGCUUCGACAGAUAUACAAAGCAAAAAGGCUAAAAGGCAACUCAUGAUGGCUACGUCUUUGUGCUUUGUCUUUAUGAUCGCAGAACUAAUUGGUGGCUACUUCGCUGGAAGUCUGGCAAUAAUGGCAGAUGCGGCUCAUUUACUUACCGAUUGUAUUAGCUUUAUUGUUGCUAUAAUUGCGAUUUGGUGGGCGAAAAAGCCCGCAGAUGAUAGAAUGUCAUUCGGAUAUAAAAGAUUGGAAGUUGCUGGUGCUGUGGUAUCAAUUCUGGGCAUAUGGUCACUAACGGCAAUUUUAUUUUAUUUGGCAAUCGAUCGACUUGUAAGCAAUGACUAUGAUAUUAAUGCCGACACAAUGAUGAUUGUGUCUGCUAUCGGUAUUGCUAUGAAUAUUGUAAUGGCGUUCGUACUACACGGCUCUUGUCACGGUCAUCAUUCUCAUUCGCUGUCACACGCACAUUCUCACUCUCAUUCGCACAGCCCGAAACCGAUACGAAAACAUAAGUACUCAACAUUGAGUGAUGACGCCUAUCAAUCGAAUGACGAUGAGCUCAUUCGCAACAAUAACUCGGCUCAAAAUAUUAACGGCUCUAACGUUCUAUUAAGUAGAAGUGAUAGCUUUUGCUCAUAUCGCUCGCCCAAUCAUAGCAGAACAAAUUCGUUUAGUAAAAAGAUUACCUCACUUGAUGGACGAAAGCAAAGCAUUCCGUCCGCUUCGCCAUCAGCAAUGCUCCAAAUUAAGUUAACCGAAACUAUGAAUCACCGAAACAGUUUCGACGGAGCGGCAGAUCGCAAUUUCAAUCAGCACAAGCAUCGACAUGGUCAAGAUGAUGGUAAAACCGGAUGUGAAACUAGCGAAGAACAAACCAGUGAAUUUUCGAAGAAAAAUAUUAAUAUUCAAGCGGCUGUGAUACAUGUGUUAGGUGAUUUUAUACAAAGUAUUGGAGUGUUUGUAGCAGCUUUAGUUAUAAAGAUUUAUCCCGGUGCAAAAAUAGCCGAUCCAAUUUGUACAUUUGUGUUCUCAAUAAUUGUAAUUUUCACGACUGUUCGAAUAAUGAAAGAGUCGCUGGCAGUUCUUUUAGAUGCCGUGCCGAAAAGUAUAAAAUUAUCGGAUUUAAACGAACAAUUAUCUAGGAUCGACGGAGUAUGCUCUGUACACUUUCUUAACGUUUGGAGCGUUACCACAAAUCAUCAUCUAAUGUCGGCGCAUAUACUGAUAGACGCUCACGCCAGCUCAGAGUAUGUACUUUAUACAGCAACGAGGUUAGCUCGAAAGAAAUUCGAUAUUAAGAGUUCAACGCUACAAAUUGAACGUCAAGCUUACGAUACGAACAACAUUUUAGAACCAGAAUUUUGUGUAACUUAAUUUCUAUUGUUACUUAAAGAGUAUUAUUAGGGAAAAUAUUUUUUGAAAAAUCUAUAGAUGUAUGGCACCCGUACAUUAUUUUCGUUAUUCUGUAACUAAUAUUAGUUUUAGAACAGUAAAUGAGUCUGAAUAAAAAAAAGAUCUUUUAUGACAAGUCA